CGGCGGCCCCUCUGGGCGCAGGCGGCCCGUCUGCCUUGCUCGCCCCUCCCCUCCGGGAAGCGGUGACGCUCGUGCAGGGCGGGGCCCGUGCCACACCGGAAGCGGCGCGUCCCCGCCCGCCCGCCGGCGGACCCCCGCGCGCCGCCAGGCCUGGGCGCUGACAGCGCGCCCUGAGGCGCCGCCCGCCCCGGCCCGGCACCGGCACCGGCACCGCACCGCAUCGCACUGCUCGGCCUGAAAGCGGCUGGCCCGGCUCCCGGUGUGGCGGCGGCGGCAGAUCACCCAGAAGACACAAUGAGUGUUAAAGCUUUCAAGCUCGUUUCUGCUGUUGAGUGGGAGAUGUUAAUGGGAGACAAAAAUUACAUCAACAUCGAAUGCAUUGAGUGUUGCGGAAAGAACCUCUAUAUUGGAACCAAUGACUGUUUUAUCUAUCACUUCCUGUUGGAUGAAAAGAUCUCAACAGCUGGCAAAACAACUUUUGCUGCCACCAGACAACUGCAUAAAUACCUGGGCUUGAAGAAGCCUGUGAGUGAGUUGAAAGCAGCCUCUGCCCUCACCAGGCUUCUCGUACUUUGCGACAACACAAUAACACUAGUUAACAUGAUGAACUUGGAACCCGUCCCCACUGGUGCUAGAAUCAAAGGAGCUGUGACAUUCACGCUGAAUGAAAACCCUGUGAGUGGGGAUCCUUUCUGUGUCGAAGUCUGCAUUAUCUCAGUCAAGCGGCGGACCAUUCAAAUGUUCAUGGUGUUUGAAGACAGAGUCCAGAUAGUGAAGGAAGUGUUUACUCCAGAGCAACCCUGUGCUGUGGCAGUAGAUGGUUAUUACUUAUGUCUUGCCCUUACUACACAGUAUAUCAUUUUGAAUUAUAAUACCGGCGUCUCCCAGGAUCUAUUUCCUUAUUGCAGUGAUGAGAAACGGCCAAUUGUGAAAAGGAUAGGCAGACAAGAGUUUCUGCUGGCCGGCCCCGGAGGCCUAGGCAUGUUUGCAACUGUAGACGGCAUUUCACAGCGUGCCCCUGUGCACUGGUCAGAGAACGUGAUUGGAGCGGCUUUGUGCUUUCCUUACGUGGUUGCUCUCGAUGACGAGUUCAUUACGGUGCACAGCAUGCUGGACCAGCAGCAAAAGCAAACACUGCCUUUUAAAGAAGGUCACAUUCUACAGGAUUUUGAAGGAAAGGUGAUUGUUGCUACUAAUAAGGGUGUGUAUAUCUUGGUGCCGCUGCCUUUGGAAAAACAGAUUCAGGAUCUUCUAGCUAGCCACAGAGUGGAAGAAGCCCUUGUUCUAGCAAAAGGAGCUCGAAGGAAUAUUCCAAAAGAGAAAUUUCAGGUAAUGUACAAACGAAUCCUGCAGCAAGCAGGUUUUAUACAGUUUGCACAGCUUCAGUUCCUUGAAGCAAAAGAACUCUUCAGAAGCGGCCAGCUUGAUGUCCGGGAGCUGAUCUCUCUCUACCCCUUCCUGUUGCCUACUUCCUCUUCAUUUAUACGGUCUCAUCCCCCUCUGCAUGAGUACGCGGACCUAAACCAGCUGACCCAAGGGGACCAGGAGAAGAUGACAAAAUGCAAACGAUUCCUCAUGAGUUACUUGAAUGAAGUCCGCAGCACUGAGGUUGCAAAUGGCUACAAGGAAGAUAUCGACACAGCUUUACUCAAGCUGUAUGCAGAGGCAAAUCAUGAAAGCCUGCUGGAUCUGCUGGUUUCGGAGAACUUUUGUCUUUUAACAGAUAGUGCUGCCUGGCUGGAAAAACACAAAAAGUAUUUUGCCCUUGGUCUCUUGUAUCACUACAAUGGUCAGGACGCUGCAGCGCUUCAGUUAUGGGUGAAAAUAGUUGAUGGAGACAUUCAAGAUUCUACACGGUCAGAUCUCUAUGAAUAUAUAGUAGACUUCCUUACAUUCUGCUCAGACCAGGAUCUAGUGUGGAAAUACUCUGAAUGGGUUUUACAAAAAAAUGAAGAGGUUGGUGUACAGAUUUUCACUAAAAGGCCUUUGGAAGAACAGGAGAAAAACAAUAUUAAUCCAGAUGAUAUCGUCAGUUGCCUUAACAAAUACCCUAAAGCACGUAUUAAAUAUAUAGAACACCUAGUAUUGGAAAGAAAAAUAGAGAAAGAAAAGUACCAUACUCAUCUAGCUGUCCUGUACUUGGAGGCAAUACUUCAGCUGAAGUCUGUGGCCACAGAUAAUUGUACAGAAAGAAAUGAACUGCUGUUUAAGCUACGCAGCCUUCUUCAGAAAUCUGAUCUUUAUAGAAUUCACUUUAUUUUGGACAAAAUCCAGGGCACAGACCUUCAUAUGGAAAGUGCAAUUUUAUAUGGAAAACUAGAAGAACACGAGAAGGCUUUGCAUAUCCUUGUCCACGAGUUGAAGGACUUCCAUGCCGCUGAAGAAUACUGUAUAUGGAACUCUGAGAACAGAGAUGUGCAGUACAGACGGAGGCUUUUCCAUAUGCUGCUGUCAGUGUAUCUGAAUCCAGGCGCUUCGGAUUGUGCACUAGUCAUGGCUGCUGUGGAUCUCCUGAAUAGCCACGCUGCUGAAUUUGAUGCGGCUCUAGUUUUGCAGCUGGUGCCUGACAGCUGGUCAGUGCAGCUCCUCUCCCCGUUCCUGGCUGGAGCAGUGAGGCAAAGCAUUCACACAAAAAGAAUGACUCAGGCUGCGCUUGGGUUAGCACAAGCCGAAAACUUGAUCUACAAACACGAGAAGGUUAAACAAAAAGGAACCCCAAUUCUUCUUUCGGACAAAAAGGUCUGUCAGGCAUGCCAAAAUCCUUUCUGCGAGCCUGUAUUUGUAAGAUACCCAAAUGGGGGUAUGGUCCACACACACUGUGCUGCAAACAGACAUCUGAAUUCAAACGUGACUCAUCACUCUUCCAGCUCCAGCAAUCAGACUUGAAAUAUGUUCUGGUCCCACAGGUUCCCAUGACUUAUACCCCAUUGAAAGCGGGCUGGAAAAAAGAACAAAGUGCAGCUACUUUAGGUAUAAAUCAAGAUGAACAACUAGUCUUUGGGUUAAUGGGAAGACUUCCAGUAAAUAUGAAAUAUCACCACUUAUCUCUUUGAUUUCUAAUGAAUGUAGAUAAAAAAGGAAAUUCACUACCAGAAAUGAAGAGGUGCAGAUACAGGCUCUUCUGUACGUAGUAGCAAACAGUUAAAGAAAAUGAGCCUUUUCUUAACAAUAAGGAUGAAUGUUACGGAGGCAAGGCAAACAGUUAUUUUAAGAAAUGUCAAUUUGCACUGAAUGUGGUGUUGAUAAAUUUGUAGAGGUGGAGAUGGCAUCUACUGAAGACGGAACUCUUGGAACGUUACGUGACAAGACUGGCAUCGUGCAGCUCACUAUCAAGACAAAAAUGUGCAUUGGUUAUAAUGUUUGCUGCAGCAUGUCCUCUUUUGGGCUGGAUUCUCUCCCCCAGGAUCACAUCAUGAAUUUGAUUAUUGCUCUACAAAUUGUUGGCUUUUGAUGCACUUUUUAGUACUUCCCCCACUUCCCCCCCGCUAUACAGAAUUUAAAUGUAAGCACUGGUCCUUUGGUUUCUACUCCUACAGCUACUGUAAUAAACGGAGUGGAAACUGAUAGCCUCAGUCACACAGAUGCGCUUGGAAGAGAAAAAAGUCAGAUUGUCUGGUCAGACUGUAGUCACUUUUAUAUGGGGGAGGAGACCUUAACUUUAAUAUUGAUUGAUUUAUUUAUUAAUAUGCAAAUAUACUGUACAUACAGUUGAAUAAAUUGAUCUUAUUCUAGAGUUUUUUGGAGGAUAAAGAUGUAGCUGAUACACAAGUGUACAGGUUGUGUGCUAAAUGUUUGCUAUAACGUAACUUAGGCAGAUUGGAACUCCACAAGAAUAGGUUUUUUUACUUUGUGCAAUCAAAAUCACAGAAAGAAGUUAUAAUUGGGAAGAAAUCUACAAAGGUGCACUACAGGGGUACUGGAUUUGUUAUACUCUACCAAACAUUCUGUGAACUAAGGUUUUUCAAAUGACAACACAACCCCUUUACUUAACUGUCCUGAUAAGUAUUCACAUUGCUAUUUAACCAUUUUAAAGCAAUCAGUUUAAAAGAAGCAGCUCCCCACAAGAGAUGUUAAAAAAUGAUGACUUUAAAUAAAAGUAUUUCAAAGUCAAAGCAUUUCUUUUAAUUCUGUAAAGCUCUAAUAAAGACCAAGCUUCCUGACCAGCAUGAGUUGAGUUAGUAUGGCUGCUCGCUGUUUCAGCAUUCCAAAUCAGAGCAGAGACUUUCAGCGAAAUGUGGUAUGUGCACAGUGUCUUCUAGGUGCAGUCUCGGCAGAGGUCUCCUGUUACGGAAAGGCUGGCCUAUGGAACAGCCAUGUAAGCAUAGCGCUGCCCCGAGGAAGGGACAACCAGACUACAUCUGGGGGAAAAAAGUAUCCCUUUCUUUGUCUUUGAGGCAAAAGACCUUUGGAUCUUUCUCUGUCCUGAGUUUGAAAUUAGAAAAGUAUAGCUGUUGUGUUGGUUUUUAAAAAAAUAAAUAAAAUCCAAGUAAGGAAUUUUGUAUCACUUUCUACUGGGACAUGAAAGGCACCUUCAAAAAAGACAAAUGUGGGCAUUUCUGACUUAAUUCUGGCACGAGUGCUUUCCCAUGCUGCACUGGUAUGAGCAGAUUCUUCUGUAUUUAUACUCAUGGUUUACAAAACAUUGUGUAGACGACUGGCGAUGGUGACAUAGACAAAUUUGUAGUCCCCUGGUCUCAAAAGUCUUGCUGAUAGAGAGGAAGUGACUUUACAAAGAUCUGAUGAGCCUUUUGCAUACAGUAGCAUGCAGCUCAUAAGAAAUACCUUCUUUUGUUGCAAGCAUCCUCAGCGUGCUUUGUUCCUAUCUAAUAAGGAGCUACUAAAACAAGUAUCAUCCUCCACGAUUAAGACUAAUUCUAGCCGCUUGGUAGUGAUGGACUUAGUCUUGUCAACUAGUGUUGCAAUGGAAUAGAGAUCAUAUCAUUCCAGACCACCAGGAAGUUCUUAAUCGUUCCUACAUGAAAAGGUAUGGCUGCAAAAGACUAAACAAUUUUUAAUUAAUAUUCAAUACUUGUGUCAGAUCUGUACAUUGCCUAAAUUGCAGCAGUAACAGUAAUUGUAUAUACAGAACAAAUACAGAAAUCAGAGUAACAAGAAGUAGCGUAUUUGCAAUCAUAGAUGACCAAAAGGGUGUUAGAUACUUAACUUGGGGGUUCUAAUUCUUUUAGCUCCCUGGAAAUGUGGACUGGAAAAACAUUGACAUUUGAUUGAUACAUUGUUACCUCUUUCUUUGUUAAAUUUUAUACUAGAACUCAUUUGGAUGAAUUAAUAUGGAAGCCCCUCAGUAACAAAAAGAAAAAGCAGAACAAACCCGUGUGAGGCUGAGGUAGGGCAAGAGCUCAGCAGGGAGGUGGCAGGUGGAGGACGCUUUCCAGUGUGCGUACAGCGCUGGAGCAAUUGGGAUAAUGCUCGACCAGAGGAGAUGGCAGCCUACGUCUGAGUGGUGCCUGUUAUUCUGCACUUCAUCACCAGGAAAUGUGUGAAAGGUCUGCAUUCAAGUCCCCUUAGGCAGGACAACUACAACGCCCCUGGGGUAAGAGGAGUUCACAUUGGAGAACCUGAGUUCAUUCCUCCUUUGGCUUUGGCACUGUCAGUUUGCUCAUUCUUGUUUCGUGUACCUGAGCUCCUGGGACGGCAUUGCUACUGUGGGUAAGUUGUUCUGGUAUGGCUGCAGCAGCAAGGAGGGAGUGAUGGUAGUCUGGUUGUUAAUUGCUGACCAGAUACGUGAAGGAGGAGAGGCAGGAAACGGGAGUAUUUCUUUAGCCGUCCUUUAGUUUGGAAAUUAAAUGGGUUCUGUGAGUUUAAGCUUGACACAAUCUUUUUUUCUCUCCAGUUAGGGAAUCCUAGUGUCUUAGACCUACCCUUGGAGAGAGGAGAUUCUGUCAGAAUAUUUCUUCUUAAUUUAUUUGUGUUUGUAGCUUAUCUCUCUCACUUUUUUCUUCUAAUUAGUCUUCUCCAAUUUUGUAUGUUUGAAAACCAAAACAGUAGUGCAGAUUUCUUGGGGUUUUUUUAAUGUGACUGUCUGUGAUUCAGGACAUAAUAAAUGAGUUUCAUCUCUCACACAGAUGCUUUUGCAGAUACUGAGGCACGUUUGCUUAACAUGUAGCUUCUAAUUACAGAAAUAUUGCAGCUCCAACUUUUUUAGCCAUCCUCCAUUACAGUCACCGAUAGGUACAAAAAGCACUCGUUAAACCCUUUUCUACUCUUUCGUAUCUCCACGCUUCCUCACCUAAAAAUUACCUAUGAUGUCUGUAUGUCAUCAUAUGCAGUUUUUCCCUUAAGUCAAAAAGAGAGAAAAAUACUAAUGAGAAAAAAUUGUCCAGAAUCUGUCACUCUGCUCAAAAUAAGAUUAAUGGCUGUACAUUUAUGAGAAAGAAUUCAGUUAGGUCUUCAUUUCUAUGCUUUAAAGGGAUAAGUUAUCACACUGAUGAUAAUACAAGAAUACUGAUCUCAAAGUCUGGAGAAAAUAAGCGAUUGGCUUUUGUUACACAGAGCAUGCUGCGGGUCCCUGUGAAUGCCCUCUUCGGGCGGCCGCUCUGCGGUGUGCACGGGAGUCCGGGUUACAAGGAGAGCUGCUCUCCUUGCCACCCCCGUGCCCGGCCUCAAAAAACUUCCCAGCCUUUGUUACCUGAUUGAUGUCACUCUUCUAGCACUUAAUUGACAUAGGGGUAAAUCUUGAGUUCUGGGUGGACUCCUGAGCACAUCUGUCCUCGUUCAAUAAAAUGUCACGUGAGCCACGUGAAACCCUAAUAAUGUCAGCUGUGGGAAGGUGGCGGCAGGGAUGGAGCGUGCGUAUGUUUUCCGAGACCUUUAUUACGUGUUUGAACAUACAAGCAUUAUCGGGACUCUGCUGAAUCUUUAUAACAAGGUCUGUCCUUUGCAUUUUGUACAGUGUUUAAAGAGGUAACUUUCUUUUAUUACUCUUCCCUAUUUGCUGCAGUCUCUAUUCAGCGUAGCUCUGGGUGCUUCAUUAACACACUGCUGUUUGCAAUAGGCAGCUACUAAUGCAUUUUCAUUGUGAGCUCUCCUUCUAUUGCCUAUAUUUACUAAUUAAUUUUUUCUCUUGCUGUACAACACUUGGGGGCUUAUGCCUUGUGAACACUGAUAAUUAAAUGUGCUGCUACUUUUAAAGGGAAAAAGAAGAAAAGAAGUUAAUGACGUUCUGUAAUGUGUGAUUGAUUACAAAACUGAAGUACCCCUGCAGUAAAUUUGCUCAGAUGGAAAUCUGUACCGUUAAUGCUUUCUGAUUUAAUGGUUAUGUUGGUGAACAUAAACAGAGGUAUGUGGAAUGUACAAAUGUAUAAAUAGGUUGAUUUUUAAUAAAAAAACCCUUU